AUGGCUUUCACUAAGCUAGCAUCUCUGGGCCUUAUUAUCAUGCUAUUAUGCAUUGGGUUAGCCAAUGCUACAAGAGUGGCUAGAUUCUCUUACUCUCGUGCAACCGGCGCAGGAGGUGGUGAGGGUGCUGGAUAUGUAAAUGGCCAUGGCUCGGGGUCUGGAAGCGGGAUCGGCUCCGGCGAGAACGGCGCCGGCGUCGGAUCCCAUGCGGUCGCCGAAGCGAAGGGCGGAGGCGGUGGAGGUGCGCCAUACAGCGGAGCUGGAUUUGGUGGCGGGUCUGGAUCAGGCUCAGGGUUUAGUACCCGCGAUGCGACAGGGUCUUCUAAGGCUAGUGGUACCGGUGGUGGUGAUGGCGAAGGACAGGCAGGAGGCAACCCAACAUCUAGUGGUUAUGGGUCGGGCAGCGGCACAGGCUCGGGUUCAUCUAUGUUGCAUGACUUUUUCCCUGGUUUUACAACUGCGUAUGCUACUGCUAAUGGCGGUAGCACCACCAAUACUCAAAAUGGUGGAAGCGGUGUCAGUAACGGUGGUGGUUCUGGGUAUGCUGAAACGCACCCUUAG